GUACACCAUAAGUGUUUUAAAAUUUAAAAACUGAAAGACGGUAUUCAUCCGUAGCUGUCAAGUAGUGAAGUAACGGCAGUCGGACAGAGGCUGUCAUUUUUCCCGCCGAAAGAGUCACGGAUGGUAAAACACAAAAUCGGUGCCCUUCAUCAUUGCAUUGACAGUGAGUGAGAAUGCCGGCACACAUCCAAAUCACCAUGGCAAAGAAAGGGAUCAGCAAGACGGUCUCCUCCGAUGGAAUAGAGGACUCGAUGAUUGAUGGCAACAACGUGAGUGCAGAAACAAAAGAUCGGAACGAAAACCUUGACGAGGACAACGAGAACAGCAGCAAGGCGACCGUCAAUGAAGUGCCUCCGGAAGAAGCAUCAGAAACCGUGGACGAAGAGACCUGGGAUCUCGCUCGCAUCCUUCCAGCAUCACGUGACAAUGGCGUGGUUGCACCGUGUUCUACCGAAAAUUGCCCUGGUAAGGCAGUAGCAGUGUGGAUGUCCAGUCUGGAACCGGAUGAGGAGUGGCUCACCUGUGAAACGUGUCAAGCUGCGGAUUUUGGCGGAUGGCCCGAAGGAAUCAAACCCAACGAUAAACCUCAAGAUGUCGUUCUCACCACAAAUUUGGCGUCCAUUACUGACCGCUCCGACGAAUUGACAAAGAACAGUGAAGGAAAAGAUACAGAAGAUGAACAGAGAGUUGAAGAUCCCGAGACGAAGGAGUCAACGGCACCGUCUCCGUUCGAGGCGGGCGAUGGUUCGCAUCCCGUCAAAGAUACAAAGACGGAUACUCCAACAGAUCUUGAAGCGGCCAGCCCUGACGACAAUGACGAGGAAACAGUAGAAACAUGGGAACUGAAAAGAAUCAUGUCAAUCGAAGAUAUCACCGGAUCAGAAGCCACAAAGUGUAUGUCAGAAUCUUGCAGUUUGCUUGCCGCCUGUCUGUACGUUUCCAGCUUGGACCCUGCUAGUGAGUGGUACACAUGUGUGGAUUGCCAGGAAUUAGAUUAUGAUGGUUGGCCGGAGCUGAAUGAGUUGCCGAUCCAAGCAAUGUCACAAAAGCACAAAGAUGCCUUGAAAAGUCACUGCUCAAAGAGCGAGAACGUCAACAUGCCAAACUUUGAGAUUUGUACUGGAAACUCCAUGGAUGAUAUGCUCAAACCCGGUAUGAUGUUGGGAGUCGCUCACUUGCCAAGUCCAGACGGAGAGGAAGUGUGGGAUCUUACGAAGAUUAUGUCGAUACAUGAUAUCAAGGAAUGCCCAGUCAAAUGUUCAACAGAAACUUGUACACUUCCGGCGGCGUGCAUCUAUAAAUCCAACUUCGCCCCGAGUACGAAGUGGUAUUCUUGCCUCGAUUGUCAAGAAAACGACUACGGAGGUUGGCCUGAUCACCUUUCCGAGCUUCCCGUGACCUACCUGACUGACGAUCACCAGCAUUUCCUCAUAUCUCAAUGCUCCAAGCGGAGCGAUGUGGACAUGCCCAAUUUUGACGGCGCUGCGGCAAGUCCGGUCAAAGACACUGAAUCAAUCGACGUCACUAACACUCUGUUCACGCCUCCUCCCAAUGGUUCCACGGUUCAGAAUGGAAUAUCCAUAGCCAUGGCAAACGUGACCCCAAGCCCUGCCGCAGAAUCCACCAAGGUAGGUGCCGCGAAGGGAAACUCUAGGCCAAGUAAGCAGCUGAUAGCGUUACAUCGCAAGUGGCAGGAAGCUGCCGAAUCCAUGGGAGGUCCAGAAGCUCGCAUUGUUGUUAGCAAGCCUAUGGCGAAGAAGCUUGUUUUUGAUUUAAUGUACGAUGCGUUUCGUCCGAUGAACAUUACGGACAUUCACAAGGGGUUGAAAGCGAUUGUUCCAUCGCCUGUCUUGAAGGCUUGCUUAGACGAUAUGGCUUUUGACCAGUACCACGCUGACGUCCAUUUCGCGGAAAGCGACGACGAAGACGGCGGCAAAAAAGAGAAAGCGGUCAAGAGGGAUCCAAAGUAUGCCGAAGAUUCCUAUGCGGGUGGGCUGUCGUUCAAAGUGGGGCGCAAUUCCAACACCAGCCUCUACUAUGUCGAUCAUUCUAAACUUAAGAACAGCGGGAACGGAAUCCCGCGUGAUGAGCGUGAUGAACUCCUUUCUCUAUUCCACAAGACCAAAGCUGAAGAAGCUGCGUUGAAGGCCCAGCUUUUAGAAGCGACAAAGAACACGACCCAACUCUUGUCUGAACCGACCAACGAAGAAGCGAUAGCCCGUCUAGAGUCGGAGGAGGCCGCAUUGACCAAACUCCAAGAAGCAGUCGAGGCGGGCCGCAAGCUGAAGGUCAACGAACAGCAAAAGGAUCAUACCAAACGCCGCAUUGAUAGCAUGACCGGUCAGUGGCGCAAGCGCCGUCGCAUAUGCAUGGACUUUUUGAUUGCUAUGGAAGAAAAUACGGAAGGUAUAGUAAGCGUCAAGAAAUGUUUGGGUGGAGACGGCCAGAUCGAGAUCGAUUCCGACCAAGCGAUUGUCACGAGUGCCAUGGCCUUUGGUAACAAGAAGCGUUCCCGUACGCUUUUGGCGAAGAAAGUCCCCGUGGGGUCACUCACCAAGAAAGCCAAGACAUCACACGAGUCGUCCAGUCUCUCACCGAAUGAAGCGUUCGUAGCCGUCACGCUGAAUAGUCAGGGAUUGGUGGAACGCAUUUAUCUUGACAGUUAG